ACAGAUAAUAUACUGUUGUAACCACUUACAACAGUGGCUCAAAGUUCACAUGUCCUUGGCUUUGCUCCAGUACAGACUUUUACGUUCACCCUUUGCACCUUGAACAGUUUUCUGUUUUCCCAGCCCUGUAACAGAUAUGCUUUCUCUGUCAUUACGGCAAACCUUACGGCCCCUUUUCCUCAGGGCUUCAGGAUGUUUGGGCAGAGAGGCGCAGGUCACAGGGGAGUGGUGCAGGCAAGGCUUCAGCAGCGCCAGUGGGUGGACGGGACAGGAGAGCCUGGCCCAGGACGACGCAGAGAUAUGGAGUCUCCUGCAGCAGGAGAAGGACAGACAGUGUCGAGGACUGGAGCUCAUUGCAUCAGAGAACUUCUGCAGCCGUGCAGCACUUGAGGCCCAGGGCUCCUGUCUGAACAAUAAAUACUCUGAGGGAUACCCAGGGCAAAGGUAUUAUGGAGGUGCAGAGAUUGUAGACAAGAUUGAGCUGCUGUGUCAGAAGCGAGCGCUGAACGUCUUCGGCCUGGACCCAAACCUGUGGGGCAUCAACGUCCAGCCGUACUCCGGAUCCCCUGCUAACUUUGCAGCCUACACCUCUGUACUGCAGCCCCACGACCGCAUCAUGGGCCUGGAUCUGCCCGACGGAGGACACCUUACCCACGGCUACAUGACAGACACCAAGCGAAUCUCAGCCACCUCCAUCUACUUUGAAUCGAUGCCUUACAAGCUGGAUCCCAAAACAGGUCUGAUAGAUUAUGAUCAGCUGGAGAAGACGGCCAGACUCUUCAGACCCAGACUCAUCAUAGCAGGAACCAGUGCCUACGCUCGCCUCAUCGACUACGCUCGCAUGAAGAAGCUGUGUGUGGAGAUUAAUGCCUACCUGCUGGCAGACAUGGCUCAUAUCAGCGGCUUGGUGGCAGCAGGAGCUAUUCCCUCUCCUUUCGAGCAUGCUGACCUGGUCACGUCCACUACCCAUAAGUCCUUGCGUGGAACAAGGGCCGGUCUGAUAUUUUACCGAAAAGGUGUGCGGUCUGUGGAUAAGAAAGGUCGGGAGGUGACCUAUGACCUGCAGGACAGGGUGAACUUUGCCGUCUUCCCAUCACUUCAGGGGGGACCUCAUAAUCACGCCAUUGCUGGGGUGGCCGUUGCCCUCAAACAGGCCUCCGGUCCCAUGUUCAAACAGUACAUUGCUCAAGUGAUGCUGAAUGCCAAGACCAUGGCUAAUGCUCUGCUGAAGAAAGGCUACACCCUGGUGUCAGGUGGAACAGACAACCACCUGGUUUUGGUUGACCUCAGACCCCGUGGGAUGGACGGGGCUCGAGCCGAGAGGGUCCUGGAGCUAGUGUCCAUUACUGCCAACAAGAACACCUGCCCCGGAGACAAGAGCGCUUUGACUCCAGGAGGACUCAGACUCGGAACUCCGGCUCUGACAUCCCGACAGUUCAAGGAGGCAGACUUUGAAAUGGUUGUGGAGUUUAUUGAUGAAGGGCUUCAGAUUGCGUUGGAUGUGAAGAAGAAGACUGGAAAUCUGGCCAGCUUCAAGUCCUUUCUGCUGGAGGAUUCAGAGACAGUGUCACGCAUCGCAGUGCUCCGCCAGCGGGUGGAGCUAUUUGCCAGGCCCUUCCCCAUGCCCGGAUUCACUGACCACUAACGACACUAAAGUCCCCACCACUUCAUGGCUGUAUCCUUUUCCUUUACAACUCCACUAAUCUGAUAGUCUUAAAUUUUUAGAAAUAUUACCUGGUAAACAAGCAUUUUUCCAAACGUUGUGUGAGUAACACUUUGAUCUAAGUCCCCUCUCAGGUAUUUGAGGCUACGUAAUGGCCCACAUGGCCUCAUAUUACAGCCCCCCUCCUGUUUUGACUCCAAGGUUACAGCCUUGAAGUAGAGACUGAUGUAUAAAAAGAUAAUAAAUGAUGAUAUCGUGUUGUGAUAUAAAAUAUGUCUUCAUAGUUACAAUAGAAGAAGAAGUUACAAUUGUUGACAAAUACUGUACAUUGUACAUUAACAAAUAAUUUAAAAUAUAUUUAUGUCAUUUCAUAAUGUGUUUAUUGCCAGUACCAAAGCCUGCAUAUAAACACUAAACAUGGGGGACUUAAAGUGUUAAAUAAAUGUCUUACGUUCCUUGUGAGAUGAUACCACGAUGAUGAGGUGAUGUUACUUUUUCAAAAUGUUUCACAUAAGCAGACUUCUUUGUGUUGGUAACCAACUUGAUAGAACAAUUUAUUCCACUUUGACAACAUUUAACAUUGCAGGCAAGUGAUGCUGAGGUUGAUAAUGAAGAUGCUUUCCAUGGAGACUGCUUACAGUGGCCUGAAAGUGUUGCACAGUGAUGUGUCUACGUUGCUGUGAAUACAUCAGCAGCUGCUCUGAUACAUUUUCCACUUUUCAGAACAGACUGUUGUUCGCUGCCCUAAGCCAAGAAGGUACUUGAGUGUUUUAAGUAUUUGGCUUUUUCUCACAAAGCUCUUUUUAGAGGUCUUAUCAACAUCAGGCUUUGUCCCAGGCCCUGGGAAACUCACAGCAGCUGUGUUUUUGAACUGAACAAAAGCUCAGCUUACAUUCACAAAACCACAAACCAAAAAAGCUGAAGCAGUUCAAAAGUACAAACUGUCUACAUGCGUGUUUUGUAUCACAUGCUAAUGCAGCUUUUCAUACCUUCACUUUAUGUAAUAAAGGAUUUGUGAAGAAUGUACUGUAAUGUAUAUAAAGUAGAUCUUCUUCAUUGCAAUAAAAGCUAAUUCUGAAUGUUUA